AUGGGGGUCCACGUGGGCCCCCUGGUGGCGUUUGACAUCUGCCCCUUCAUGUGCGCCCAGCCCAUGCAGCUCUACAUCAAGCACACCGCGAGCGACACGCCGCUGCUGGACAUGCUGAUCUGGCACGAGCGCCUGCUGUACCCGGAGGAGGCAGGCAAGGCGCGCCCCAAGAAGGCCUCCGUCGGCGGCGUCGCCGCGGCGGCCGGCAGCGGCUCCGACGGCGAGGGCUCCGAGGGCAGCGGCAGCGGCAGCGGCGUCGAGGACGCGGGGCGGUCGUCGGUGGCGCAGCUGACGGACCGGUUCCGGGGCCUGCUGACGGGGUGGCGUGCGUGA